AAAUUCACCCGAUACGUACAGGAAAUAACGUCAUAAUAAUAUUGUAAGACCUAUUGAAAUAUUCGUGAAAUAUAGUUGUACAACUGCUCGUGAGUGCUUCAUGAGGUACAUGUAGCAAGUAGGCAAACUAGUAUCCAUAGCUACCGAUAUACCAUCCACUAAAAAUGGCUACCCGCAGGUGGAAAAGAACAAAAGCUUUAAGGACAUUUAUGAGAAGUAAAAGACAAAGAAGUAACAGGUUCUCGUUGCUACAUCAAGAGAAUGAUUCAAUUCCUGCUGAUGCGGUAGAAUUACCACUACAUGAAGACAGAGAACUCUCAGAUCAUGAAUCAGACAUGGAUCUAUCUGAUAAUAAUGAUAAUGAUGACAGACUUUCUCGGAGCUAUGCUGAUCGAUGCGCUCACCAACGUGAACUAUGGGAAGAAGCUAUACCACAUCUUGUGUCGAUAACUACUAUAAGUAACUGUAUUAAAUCAGAUGCGUCAUGUACAGAAUGUCACGGUAGGGCACACCUGCGCUGUUUGGAUUGUGGCAUUGGUAUCAACUACUGUGAGUCUUGUUGCAGAAGUGUUCACGCCUCACGUCAUAUCUAUCAUACUCCUGAAUUUUGGACUGGUUAUAGGUUUAUUCCUGCACCACUUCCUAACAUUAUCAUUGGAAAUGACCAUACUUGUUUGACUAGCUAUACUGAGCAAAUAACAGUUAUUUCAUUAAAUCAACGUCACUACAUCACAAUAUCAUACUGUAUGUGUUGUACAAAAAUGGAAAGAUUAGUAGGGUUAAAGUUAUGGCCAGCUACACCACAUUCUCCACAAAUUGCUUUUUCGUUUUCUUUGAUGGAACUUAUACAUUCAUUAAUUUUGGAAUGUCAGGUAUCGUUACUGGAUAUUGCCAAAAUGGUAGAUAUGCUUUUCUCUGUUCAACGAAAUGAGGAUAAGAAGUCUAUAUAUCAGCUUUUAACGUCAUCUUUUCCUUACUAUAGAGCAUAUAAACAUAAAAUUUCCCAAGAGAUAUUCAUGGAAGACUUAAACUGUCCUGCUUGCUCCUUUAUGGAUGGAGGUGGUCCUAUUUUCAUAUCACUCGAUGCAAAUUUUAGACUAUGUAGGAAAAAAAAGGCUGCUCAAACAAUGAGGCAAAAUACACCACUUUUGGAAGGUAGAUUUUUAGAUCAGAAGUCAGUCGAUGAAUAUAUUGAAAGUUUUUCUCCACCUGAAACAAACAAUGCUUCUUGUAGUCAAUUUCGAGCUGGUAAUGCGUUGCAUUCAAGCAAAAGAUAUAAAGCUUUGGAAGAAACAGGAGUUUUUGGAGCAAUCUGUCGUCAUGACAUACCAAUCAAAAUGCUUAACUUAAAACAUGGAGAAAGACUAGGCUAUGCUGAUUUUAUUUUAAAAGACCUUGAGCAUAUCAGUUCAUCUCCUGUAAACUUGCUUUAUGAUGUUGGCUGUAAACUUGUGCUACACUGGAAGGCAAAUAACCAUACUUCCUUACUUUCAAACUACAAUGUCAGUGUACCGAUAUUUCAUUCUUAUGCUCAUAUUGCAUCGUGUCAAGCUAAGUAUUCUCCAAGAAAUAAAGAAGGAUUUGGACUAUGUGAUGGGGAAAACCUUGAAAGAUUAUGGUCCUAUUUAGGAAAGUUUUGUAAGAUGACUAAAGAGAUGAGCAUAGCAAACAGGGUAGAUGUAUUAACCGAUGCUUUAAAUCACUACUCCAGACAAAAGAUUACACGAUUAUGCAUUUCUUUUGCUGAACGUAUGGACAAAGCAUCAAAAAUAUUAGAAUCUGAAACUGAUUUUUAUUCUCUGUUGCGAAGUUAUAACAUCAAUACUAACCCAUCAGAGAUAAUCAAAUGUUUAGUAGAUGAGGAAAAUAGGAGAUUAUUGUAUCAGGAUGCUAAUGAUGGCAAUUUAGCAGUCAAUGAUAACUGGAAACAUGAUUAUAUUGACAAAUUGGAAAGGUUAACUUCGUUGAGGCAGUGUUGGAUAAAUGCUAUUUCUGGCCUACAAAUAAGUCAAGAAACAAUGCAAGUCACGGCACAACACUUAAUAAGACUAGAAUGUGCCCUUUCUGCCAUUGAAGGAGAACAUCAGAUUGUUAGUAGAUGGACACCAGAUUGCCAUGAGUAUAUGGAAGUUAUUGCUGCCAAAAAGAUAAGUGCUAGAGAAAAGGUGAAAGCAGAAAUCAAUAAAGUAGUCAAAGAAAGGGCAUUCUACUUAAACACUAUAGCCCAUCAUGCAGGAGGCCAAAAACAAGCCAAUAGAGUUAUGAAACUGAUAUCAAAUUGUAGUUCGAAAGUAAAAAAGCUUUUUGAUGAAUAUCAAUCACUACUGCCUAGCAAUCAUCAUGAGACGCCACCUAAUAUUACUGAUGUUUUUAACUUGCAAUCACCUUUCUGGAAUCAAGUUGAUCAUACUGACUACACUUGUCGCCAACCAAAUGACAUUCCCAUAGAAACACAACGACAGUUAAUUGAGAAGUACAAUUUGAUUGCCCGUGCUAAAGAAGAAAUGCAAUUCAUUGUAUCAGAUGCUGCUAAUUUUGUGUCAAACUUAGAAAAGAAGUUAAUUACGAUCAACAACGAUAUUUCUACGAUGCUAUCGUUUGAAAUUGAUCUGCCUGCUUCUAACUACAUACCUGAGAAUGUUAUACAGUAUUCAGUGGUACAUCAUAACUAUAACAAGUUAACUUCUUUUAAGAAAGGCAAACUUUCUGUCUUACUGUGUAAAUCAGAGAAAGUGUUUUAUCAAUUACAGCAAGCAACAGACGUACUUAAAGAGCUGUGUUCAGCAUAUUUUGCUACAGGACUUGUUCGUACUGAACAUUUAAAAAAUGCUAAAAAGAAUGCCAAAGCAGCUGUGUUAUCAUCUUUGCACACUUGGAGUACACCUAGCUCAGCAGUUACUGUCCACGAGCAUUAUAAUGAUGACAUUUCCUCAGCAAUUUCAAGUCACAUGAUAACAGAUACAUCAAGUGACCCACUGUCUAAUAUUGAUGACUGAUAACAUUAUUAAUGUGUAUGUAUACACAUUUAUUUUAUUUCCAAACCUAAUAAUGACAUAUUGAACC